AUGCUUCCGAAGACAAUCGCUGCUACUACUAUACUUUUCGGCUUGUCGCCCCUUGUGUCAGCCGCGCUUUAUGAAUCUGUUGUUCAAACGAAAUAUGGCGCUGUUCAAGGAUAUCCCGCGUUUAACAAAACCUCUACUGGAAACCUGACGAAUUGGAAGGAUAUCAGUGUUUGGAAGGGAAUUCCAUUUGCCGCAACCACCGGUGGAGAAAAUCGCUGGAGAGCUCCCCAGCCUGCCUCUGCAUGGAACGGCACCCUGGAUGCUAAAACAUGGGGACCUGUUUGCCCAUCCGCAACAAGUGGGGACAAUGAUUAUACCAUCGAUGAAGAUUGCUUGAAUCUCAAUAUUUGGAGCUCUGCCAGCUCGUCUGAGGCAAAAUUGCCUGUGGUUAUGUGGAGUUAUCCUGCCCUCUCCACUGCGGCCGACGCCCUCUUCGAUGGCGGGGGUAUGGCAGACCAAGGGAUUGUAUUUGUUAACUAUAACUAUCGUACUGGCUCCUUCGGAUGGUUGGCUAACCCUGAGUUGACUGAAGAAUUCCAAAAUGGCCAUAACAGCUCUGGUAACUGGGGUAUGUUGGAUCAGUUUGCUGCUCUCAAGUGGAUCAAAGCCAAUAUUGCCGACUUUGGCGGAGAUCCUGAUCACAUCACUGUCAUGGGACAAUCUGCUGGUUCUGCCGCAACUCAGCACAUUUUGAACAGUGAAUUAACAAAGGGAUUGAUUGUUGGUGCUAUCAUCGAGAGUGGUGUCCGUUAUCCAGAAGAUCCAUAUGCCAUGCAAGCUGCCGAAGGAUACACCACCCUCAGUGCCUCCUAUAAGACGGCCAAAGAAUACCUUGCUAGCCUGAAUGUAUCCACCAUUGCAGAGGCGCGAAAGCUACCCAUGUCUGAUCUUGUCACAAAUUUCAUGAGCUCGGCCUACUCUUUCAGCGCAACACUCGAUGGCUAUGCCAUGCCAAGCACCUACUGGAAAACACUGAAGCAAAGUCUGGCACAGGAUGUUCCUGUUCUUACCGGAAACACCAAGGAUGAGAGUGGAGCUACCUAUGGCCUGAACAUAACACUGGAGGAGUACUACGAAGACUUAAACGAAACAUUCACCGGUGCUUGGAUCCAACGUUUCCUCGAUCUCUAUCCCGCGAAUGACUCUCUCACUGCAUCUGGUGCAGAGAACUCACAGUGGACCGAUCGCUCAAAAGUCGGCACCUGGCUUUGGUCGCAGAUGUGGGACGAGGCGUACGAAAGCCCUAUCUACAACUACUACUGGGAUCAUGCUCCACCUGGACAGGACCAGGGUGCUUACCACGAAUCUGAGAUCAAUUACGUGUUGAACAACCUCUACGCGACCGACAUGCCCUGGACUGCAGAGGAUUACGCUAUUGCUCAGAAGAUGAACAGCUACUGGGCAAACUUCAUCAAGAAUGGUGAUCCUAAUGGCGAGAAGCUUGUUUCGUGGCCUGCUGUGAACUCAUCUGAGUUGGUUCAGCAUGUCGGUGAUGGAUGGGGCCAGAUCCCAGUGGCUUCAAGCAAGAAGGUUGCUCUCUUCAAGUCUUGGUUCAGUACUUUGAAGAAGUAUUAG